AACGGUGUGCUGGAAGGUAUCAGGAUCUGCAGAAAGGGCUUCCCCAGCAGGAUCCAAUACGCUGACUUCAAGCAGAGAUACAAAGUUUUGAAUGCCAGUGUCAUUCCUGAGGGACAAUUCAUGGACAACAAAAAGGCCUCAGAGAAACUCUUGGGCUCUAUUGAUGUUGACCCAACUCAGUACAAGUUUGGACACACAAAGGUGUUUUUCAAAGCUGGUCUGCUGGGGAUUUUGGAGGAGAUGCGAGAUGAUAAACUGGCUAAACUGGUCACAAUGACUCAGGCUCUUAGCAGAGGUUUCCUCUCAAGGACAGAAUUCCAAAAGAUGAUGGAGCGCAGGGAGGCCAUUUACUCCGUCCAGUACAACAUCCGCUCAUUCAUGAAUGUCAAAACCUGGCCAUGGAUGAAGCUCUACUUCAAGAUCAAACCUCUGCUGAAGAGUGCAGAGAGUGAAAAGGAGAUGGCGCAAAUGAAAGUGGACUUUGCAAAGAUGAAGGAAGAUCUAGCAAAGGCUUUGUCAAAGAAGAAGGAGCUGGAGGAGAAGAUGGUUUCUCUGCUGCAGGAUAAGAAUGACUUGCAGCUACAAAUGCAGUCUGAAGGUGAAACCCUCUGUGAUGCAGAGGAGAGGUGUGAGGGUCUCAUUAAAGCGAAAAUCCAGCUUGAGGCCAAAUGCAAAGAAACGUCUGAGAGACUGGAGGAUGAGGAGGAAAUGAAUGGUGAGCUGACUGCAAAGAAGAGGAAGCUGGAGGACGAGUGCUCUGAGUUGAAGAAAGACAUCGAUGACUUGGAGCUCACCCUGGCCAAAGUGGAAAAAGAGAAACAUGCCACUGAGACAAAGGUUAAGAACCUUGUUGAGGAAAUGUCAUCUCAAGAUGAAAUCAUUGCCAAGUUGACCAAAGAGAAGAAAGCCCUCCAAGAGGCCCAUCAGCAGACCCUCGAUGAUCUGCAGGCUGAGGAAGACAAAGUCAACACUCUGACCAAGGCUAGAGUCAAGCUGGAGCAACAAGUCGACGACCUUGAAGGUUCUCUGGAGCAAGAAAAGAAACUUCGUAUGGAUCUGGAGCGAGCCAAAAGAAAGCUUGAGGGAGAUCUGAAACUGGCCCAGGAAUCCCUGAUGGAUCUGGAGAAUGACAAGCAGCAGUCUGACGAGAAAAUAAAGAAGAAGGACUUCGAGGUAAGCCAGCUCCUAAGCAAGAUCGAGGAUGAGCAGACUCUUGGAAUCCAGUUUCAGAAAAAGAUUAAGGAACUUCAGGCUCGUAUUGAGGAGCUGGAGGAGGAGAUCGAGGCUGAGCGAGCUGCUCGGGCCAAGGUGGAGAAGCAGAGGUCUGAUCUCUCC